AUGGCCGCAAGCGUUCGCAACACUGCCAUCAAGCGCAUCCAAGGCGACGUGCGCGAGAUGAUGACGAAUCCGAGCGACCAGUACGCGGCGGCGCCGCUCGAGACCAACAUGUUUGACUGGCACUUUACACUGCGUGGACCGCGCGAGACGGAGUUCGAAGGCGGGAUUUACCAUGGACGCAUUAUUUUGCCGUCGGAUUAUCCGUUCAAGCCACCCAAUAUUAUGCUGCUAACGCCAAAUGGACGCUUUGAAGUGAAGAAGAAAAUUUGUCUGAGCAUUUCAGCCUUUCACCCGGAAGAGUGGCAGCCGGCGUGGGGCGUCCGGCUCAUCUUGGAGGCGCUGACUAGCUUCAUGCCCACGAAAGGCGAGGGCGCGAUUGGUGCUCUGGACUUUUCCCCGGACGAGAGAAAGCGGCUGGCGAAACUGUCGGUCGACUUCAAGUGCGAAACUUGUGGGCGGGUCGCCGAGUUGUUGCCGGAGCUAGUUGCCGAGAAGGGAGACGAGAAAAAGCCCUCGAAGUAUGCAGAACAGAUCGCACAGCUGCACAUCCACGGUUUGGAAAGUGCUGCACCAGCAAGCGCCACGUUGGACGAGAAAAAGACUGCCAGUGCAACAGAGAUGAACAGUGAACAUGGUCAAGAGGAGGCUACGGCACCUUCAGUUGUAGCACAAAGCCGUGCUGAGACUGGAGAUGAGGCCUUGCUGAAUACGAUAGCUGUCUCAUCAGAGGCCGAGGCGACUACGGAUGGAUCAAACCGUACCGAUGGUGGAGACGCUUCUGGCACAUCAGCUGCGGUAUCGUCGCCUGGUGGGGAACCGAUAGAAGCACAAGAACUGGGAGCGGCCGAAUCGCGACGAAAUGUUGACACGUCGGUCGCUGCAUCCGAAGUUGGCCAAGUGCGUGAGUCGGACUAUGUGGACACGGUGUUGCACUACUUGACCAUUGCUAUCGUCGUAGCGCUGUUUGCCCUGAUUUACAAAAAGCUCCUGCAAACGUACGGUUUACUGCAGUCAGCUGCGUGA